UCUCUUAAUGAAAUCAAGCUGGCCCUGCAGCCCAGCCUGAGGAGAAGAAGGAGGCACGGAGGACGAGGAGGGCAGGCGCCAGCCAGAGCACCCAGCACCAGCGGCGGGGACUGAUCCAAGCGGCCGGGUGCCCAUCUCGUCCACCCGGGGAGCUCCCAGCCCUGCAGCGGGAACCAGUCCUGGGGGAACCAUGGUCUCUGCAGUGGGUUCCAGCCUCCUCCUUUCCCUGCUCUUGCUUCUGCGGCCCGCGCCCCUGCCUGGCCUCUCCGUGUCCCUGCCUGCCGCCUUCCUGGAGGACCUGGGGGGCAGCGGGGAUGCAGAGGGCUCGUCGCCCUCCUCUCCAAGCCUCCCACCUCCCCGGACCCCAGCCCUCAGCCCCACAUCGGUGGGGCCCCAGCCCACAGCCCUGGAGGGCCCGGCACACCCCACCAACUUCCUGGACGGCAUCGUGGAUUUCUUCCACCAGUAUGUGAUGCUCAUCGCCGUGGUGGGCUCGCUGGCCUUCCUGCUGAUGUUCAUUGUCUGCGCCGCACUCAUCACCCGCCAGAAGCACAAGGCCACGGCCUACUACCCGUCGUCCUUCCCCAAGAAGAAGUACGUGGACCAGAGCGACCGGGCUGGGGGCCCCCGUGUUUUCAGUGAGGUUCCUGACAGGGCUCCCGACAGCCGGCCUGAGGAGGCUCUGGACUCCUCCCAGCAGCUGCAGGCUGACAUCCUGGCCGCCACCCAGAACCUCAAGUCUCCUGCCAGGGCUGCCCUGGGCAGCAGCGGGGAGGGAGCCCAGCUGGUAGAGGGCAGGGUGGAGGAAGGGGUGCAGGGCAGCCAGGAGGAUGCCUCAGAAGCCCAGGCAUGCGGGGUCCCUGAGGAGAAACCAGAAGUCCUGGAGGAGUCAUGCUCAGCCGUGGCCAAGGAGGCUCCAACAGCCAGCAAGGGUCACGAGGAGCCGGAAGGAUCUUUCUCUUCAACCCAGGAAGCCCAGGGACCAGCAGGCCCCCUGGAAAAUCCCUGUGCAUGCAGCAGUGUCUCCCCUGGCGUCUAACAGGCCCCAGAGUGGCUGGCCUUGACUGUUGGGCCCCAGUGGUCGCUUCCUUGGGCCUGAAAAGGCCGUCAGCCCCGACCACUCCCUGGUGCCCCUCUGUGCCAGCCCCAGCAUGUCCCGUCCUGUAGCAGCCAGAGGAGCUGGUCUGUGGUCCACCCAGGAAUCCCCCCAAGUUCCAGCGGCACUCAGGGGAGCUGGAGGACAGAUGUGUGCCACAAGAGCCAGGAGCAAACAGCUACGACAUCAGCCACAAGGGGUGGGAAAUAUGGCCAGAAGUCCCCUGUGAGGAAGCAAAUAUCAGUUUUUCCAUGGAGGCAGCAAAGAAAAAUAGGCGAUCUAGGAAUCUGGGGAGCGGUUGCGUGGGCAUGCUGGGGUACCUGGGGCUGGCAAAGCAGAAGCAGCCUGCAGUGCCACCCAUUCUUUGAAUCUCCCUAAUCCCUAAUAUUUUAGGGUCACUCUGCCUCUGCUUAGAGCCGAGGCUACAGAAGUGGAGCUGAUUAUUUAGCAGCUUCUGGGAGGGGACCCCUGUAUCUGUCUCUCAAGACAGGGCCGUAAGCGAGUGUUUCCCAGACAGGGUUCCCUGAGGCACUCCAUGAAAACAAGAUUCCAAGGUCAAAUGAAGUGAGGCCACUCGGGCUGCCUCUCCACCCCAGCCCCACCUGAUUGUUCCCCAGGGCUCUGACCAGCCCUAUAGUAAAGCCUCCUGUUGGAUGCAGUUUGGGGUUUUGCCUAGCCUUUCCAAAGCUUUUAGUAUAUGUGCUGCUGAAGCGAGCACUUUCCAGAGCUUUGCUUUGUUUUGUUUUUGGUCGUACUUGGGAAGGAACCCAGGGCCUCCCGCCUGCUAGUCAAGGCCUCUACCACUGAGCUGGAUUCCCAGCACCCCUCUUUUUAAAAUAGUUGUAAGCUCAAAUCCGGCAAAACCCACUCUGGAAAAUACUGCUCUUAUUUUUCUGAAGGUGCCCCAAGUUGUGGUUGGUCCACAAUUCGGGUGUGGGGUAUAGGGAUUUGGUUCCCCAAGCCACCCCUACCUGGGGUUGAGUUUCUCAUCCCCCUGCUGCUUCUGGAUUGAACUCUCUCUGUCUGUCAGACCCUCAAAGCAGCCUGUAAGCUGGGGGGCUGCAUUCGGAGGAACCCUCAUUCUGGUUUCCGACACCCAGCCUGGAGCAGGGGUUACUGGCCACUGGUCCUUUGCUCAAUCAUGAGGUCUGGCAGCCCUCGUCCACAGCAUCCUUCCAUCCUAGGCUCUGUCCUGUUUGCGGGAGUCUCUAGGGGAGUUUCUACCCCAUUCCUCCAUGUGGAGCUGCCCCAACCUCUGUGCAGCCCUCAGGUGCUGAGACAUAACACACCAGCAUAAUAAACCUUGAAUCUGUC